CCUUUUAAAUUUGAAAUAAUCACAUUUUCAAUAUGUGAUAGUGGUGGUUCAGUAAUUACAUUUUUAUGUUUUGACGAUAUAAAAUGUUUCAGCUGUAAAUAUUUGAAGAAAUGUUUUUUAGGAAUAUCGUACACCUGGCAUAACUGUUCAAAUGUAAGGAGGCUGCCAUUAAUAUAAAGAUCUUCUAUUUUUGGUACACCUUUAUUUGUCCAGAUUUUAAAGCCACCAUCUGCUCUAUUACCCCUAUGCUGCUAUAUUACCCAACAGGGUAAAGCGAGAAAUAUAUGGAGUGUCCCCAAUAUGCUUGUGCACUUUAUAUCAAAUGUCAAUUGAGUUUUCCAGGAAAGGAUUCUUGGUCAUUCUUUUCAGGUUCUUUGGGUCGGCCGAGUGUAAAUACAUCUUUAAUGGAAGGCUUAAAGUAGAAUAUCGCUCUAUAUCUACCCACGCUGGGGGGUUUUCUAUGGAAAAGUUGAACAUUAUUGCAGACAUUUGAGCUGCCCAGUAAUACCAUAACAGAUUUGGAAAUUGUAGCCCUCCCCUCUCAUAUGGCAGGUAAAGUAGUCUCAAUCUUAAUCGAGGUUUUUAUUAUUCCAUAUGAAUUUACUUAGAAUACUGUUGAAUUUAUCAAAAAAUGUUUGUGGUAGAGGGAGAGGUAGGGAUUGAAAGAGAUGUAAGAAUUUUGGUAAUAUGUUCAUUUUGAUUAUGUUUAUACAUCCAAUCAUUGAAACAGGCAUGGUCAUCCCUUUGCUUAAGCUUUUCUCAACUUCAUCCACAAGUGGGUCAUAAUUUAGUGGUAUAAUCUUGCUUAUCUUGGGAGUCAUUUUGACACCGAGGUAGGUAAAUCCAUCAACUGCAUUAACAAACGGGGUUUUUAUAACAGGUUGGGUUCUUUCUUCCUCAUUCAUAAAGAGCAUUGAAGAUUUUGAAUAGUUAAUAGUAUAUCCAGAGAAUCCGCCAAAGAUAUCGAUCUGCCGCAUUAGAUUUGGGAUACUAACUGCCAGAUUUGUUAGGAAAAGGAUAAUAUCGUCGGCAUACAAAGCUAUUUUAUGUUCCUGUUCUCCGAUUUGGAUACCAGAUAUGUUUUUCUGUGCCCUAAUUGUCAUAGCUAGGGGUUCUAAAGCUAAUAUGAAUAACAUCGGGGAUAGAGGACAACCCUGGCACAUACAUCUUUCCAAUAUAAAUGGCUUGGAGAUUAUAUUAUUUGUUACAACACUUGCAGUUGGGUCUGCGUAUAGUAUCUGGAUCCCCUUUAAAAAUUUAUUUCCAAAACCAAAUUUAGGUAGUAUGUUAAAUGGAUCUGGCCACUCUACUCUAUCGAAGGCUUGUCGGGCAUCCAGUGAUAAUACUGCAGUAUCCUUGGUGUUGGAUUUUUCGUGGAUUAUAUUGAGCAGUCUCCUGAUGUUGUGGAACCCUUGUCUUUUUUGCACAAAGCCAUUCUGAUCACUAUGAAUUAGACUUGGAAUAUAUGUAUCUGGUCUUUUUGCAAGAACCUUAUAGAGUAUUUUAGAGUCUGAAUUAAGCAGACUUAUUGGUCUAUACGACACACACUCUGUAUCAGGUUUGCCUGGUUUUAAAAUCACAGUAAUCACGGCUAAUCUCAGUGACUGGGGAAGGAUGCCAUUCUCAUAAGAUUCAUCGUACAUUUUUAAUAGUGGGACAAGUAACUUAAUUUUAAAUGUUUUAUAAAAUUCAAUUGGUAGGCCAUCAGGUCCAGGUGUUUUAUCACUAGUAAUAUUUUGGAUGGCCUGUGACAAUUCUUCAGUUGUUAAGCUAUUAUCUAGCUGUUCUUUUGCACUGUUUGUGAUUUGGGGAAAUUGAAGCUGGUUAAGAAAGGAGUUCCUUUCCUCUAUGUUUUCAGGACAUUCUGAUUUGUAAAGGUGUUGAUAAUAUUCUCUAAAACUAUCAUUAAUUUCCACGGGGUCCACUGUCACUCUGCCGGAAGACAUCUGUAUACUGUUAAUGGCCUUAUCAGAUUGUAUCUUUUUGAUUCUGCAUGCUAAAAGUUUCCUGGCCUUCUCUCCUUGAUCGUAGUAAGACUGUUCGAGCCACAAUAUGCUCUUUGCUGCCUUAUCAGCAGAUAAUUUGUUAUAUUUGGUUCUUAAAAGCAGGAGAUCUCUUUGCUUCACCGGGUUAUCUCCUUGGUUUAGUUCAUUUUCCAAAGCUUUGAUUUGUUUUUCUAAGGUUUCCAUCUCUACUUUUUGUUGUUGUCUGGUUUUAGAGCUUGUGAAACUAAUUAUUUCUCCUCUGAUGUAGGCCUUGAAUGCCUCCCAUCUUAUAUAGGCAUUAGUUUGGUCUGUGUUUAACUCAAAAUAGUUAUCAAUUUUUUCUUCAAUAAAUAUUAUGAAUUCGGGGUUCAUCUUACUUGAAGUCGCCAAUCAAGUGGGUUAUUAAUAAAUUUAUUUACAAUGAUAUUUAGGGAUAUGGUGGCAUGGUCACUUAUGACAAUACUACUGCAUUGGCAGUCUCUAACUUUUGAUACAAUUUCCCUUGAAAUAAGAAAAUAAUCAAUGCAUGAACGAGACCUGCUUAUACCUGAGUUACAUGAAUAUUCAAUUUUAUUUGGGUUUUGGUCCCUCCAUAUUUCAACCAGAUUCAAAUCUGCCAUAUAUUGUUUUAACACUGUCCUAGUUUGUAUCUUAUAGGUGUCAGAACGUGUUAAAUGAUCUAAUGAUGGGUGCAGUGUACAAUUGAAGUCCCCGCCAAUAAUAUAAGGGCCUUGUAGAGUGGAUAGGGUGAGGAAAAGAUCCUCAAAGAAUCUGGGCUUAUCCUCGUUUGGGCCAUAAACACUGAUGAAGUUUACAGUAGGAGAAAAAGAUGUUGCCUUGAACAAUAAGUAAUCUUCCUGCUGAGUCAUGGAUAGUUUGAAGUAUUUGGAAUGGUAUUGUUUUAUGAAUGAGGAUAAGUACUCCUCUUGCAAAAUUGUUAAAUGCUGCAUGUAUAACUCUACCAGCCCAUCUAUUCUGUAUGCGUUUUACAUCAGGGGUUGUCAGGUGGGUUUCUUGAAGGAAAAUUAUCUUGGACUGGAGUUCUCUAAUUCUGGUCAUGACCUGUUUUAGUUUAGUAACAUUUUUUAGUCCCCUAACAUUCCAGCUCAUGAUUUUGAAGAUAGUUUCUUUGUGCACUUGCCUGCUCCAUAUUUCCUAAAGGUAACAUAGACAGGAUAAAUAGAAAACACUGCUGUUGCGUUGAGCGUACUAAAUGUAAAUAAAGAAGAAACAAAAAAAACACACAUAAUAAUACACAUAUUGAACUAUAAGUUUCCCUUGCUCCCUUACUCAGUAAAACGACUGAGGGGCUUGUACUGAUGAUCCACCCUUCUGGGGAGCAGCUAAACUAUGGGAACCUAACUAAAAGACCAACUCAAAAAAUCGCUGGCAGUGUCCGCCAACCUGCAUAUCACGAAAGAAAUGCUUAACCCUACUACUUAAACUCAAAAGAAAAAUAAUUUUUUUCCCCCACCAAAACAUUUUCAAAAAUUGCCCAAAAAUGUUGACAUCAGAAGUUUCACUGUGAAAAUACUUAUUAAAUCACAUUUUCAAACUGUAAAACGUGUCAAUUUGACCCACAGGGCAACACGAGUGUUAAUAAACACCAGCAGCAUCAGUGCUGCGCAUUUACGCACGAGGUGUCACAGCAGCGGUGCCUUCAUUAAGAUGUGAAGAUCAAUAAUAUCCAGUCUCUGUUCCACACAGAUUCUAUGUUUAUAGGGUUUAAUUAUUUGUAUUAAAUCUUCUGUGGGUGAAUCCUGAGAUCCAUCAGAGCUGUCAGGAGACUUUUAUUAAGGUAUGCGGCCAUAACGAAUAAAAUUACGCAGCACUGCUUGAACUGUGUUACUAGAAGGACUAUAAGAUGAUUUUAGUCCAAUUAUUUGCUUUUCAGCAUCUUUGUUCCCACUGAGAUGCUUCAAUCAGAGGCGGAUCUUGUCAGAAAAGGUUCAAAUAGCUUUGAGGCUCCGUACAUUUCUGACAGGUGAUGGAAACUCGUGCACAUACGUAGAAAAACGAAACAGAGAAAUGGAUUAUAGAUUUAGCUUCAGAUCAGAACUGGUCAAGCACAGGCGCGUGCGUGCAUCAUUGAAGUCAUGGCAACAGAAGGUGACGCGCACCUAUAAAAGGCCUGCUGACCUUUACACGUUCCCAUUUUGCAUUCGGACGUUUACCUGGCCACUUGCAAAUCUACAAGCGAGCUGCAAAGCUAGCCAUUUUGGAAAGUCGGAAAGUUGCAACUGUUUGGACACUUCGGACCUCAGCGGAUUCACGCCGGAUAAGCGACAGCACACCUGAAGGAACACCUGAAGUCGGCAAGCUCGACCGUCACCAUGAAGAGGACCUCGGCCUACUCCAGGUACCGCACAUCCACACGUCCAACCUCUCUCACCUCCUCUCCCCCUCCCUCCAAGCUUCCUCGCUGUGCUUCCCCCCUCUCUCCUCUCUCCUCUACCUCCCCCUCUCGCUCUCCCUCCAUGCUUUCCCCUCUCGCUGCCUCCUUCUUUCCCUCUCGCGAUUCCCUCUCCUUCUCCUCCUCUUCCUCCUCUCCCUCCAUGCUUUCCCCUCUCGCUGCCUCCUUCUUUCCCUCUCGCGAUUCCCUCUCUUCCUCCUCCUCUUCCUCCUCCUCUUCCUCCUCCUCUUCCUCCCCCUCCUCCUCUUCCUCAUCCUCCUCCUCUUCCUCCCCCUCCUCCUCUUCCUCCUCCUCCUCCUCUUCCUCCUCCUCUUCCUCCUCCUCCUCCUCCUCCUCCUCCUCUUCCUCCCCCUCCUCCUCUUCCUCCUCCUCCUCUUCUUCCUCCUCCUCUUCUUCCUCCUCCUCCUCCUCUUCCUCCUCCUCCUCUUCCUCCUCCUCUUCCUCCUCCUCCUCCUCCUCUUCCCCCCUCGCCUCCCCGUUCUCUCCUCACUCCUCAUCCUCAUCCUCUCACUCUUCUUUUAUUCCCGUCCCUCUCCCUCUCUCUCCUUCCCUUCCCCGUCCUCUUUCUCUUCUUCUCCCAUUCUCUCCUGUCUCCUUCUGCUCCUCACCCCCCUCUCACUCUUCUUUUUCUCCCCAUCCUCCCAUCGUCUCUCCUCCUCCUCCCCCCGUCUCUCCUCCUCCUCUCGUCUCUCCUCCUCCUUCUCCCCCUGUCUCUCCUCCUCCUCCCGUCUCUCCUCCUCCUCUUCCUCCUCUUCCCCUAUACUCUCCUAUCUCCUCCUGGUCCUCCUCUCCCUCUUACUCUUCUUUUUCUCCCCAUCCUCCCAUCGUCUCUCCUCCUCCUUCGCCCCCCGUCUCUCCUCCUCCUCUUCCUCCUCUUCCCCUAUACUCUCCUAUCUCCUCCUGGUCCUCGUCUCCCUCUUACUCUUCUUUUUCUCCCCUUCCUCCCAUCGUCUUGCCUCCUCCUUCUCCCCCCGUCUCUCCUCCUCCUUCUCCCUCCGUCUCUCCUCCUCCUCCUCCUCCCCCCAUCUCUCUUCCUCCUCCCCCAUUCUCUCCUAUCUCCUCCCGCUCCUCCUCCCCCUCUCCCUCUUGCUUCCGCAUCCCUCCCUUCUACCUCACUCCUCUCCCUCCCCUCCUCUCUCCUCUGUCCUCCUCCCCCUCCUCUCACUCUUCUUUUUCUCCCAUUCCUCCCUCCCGCUUUACUCCCUCCUCCCCCUCCUCUCACUCUUCUUUUUCUCCCAUUCCUCCCUCUCGCUUUACUCCCUCCUCCCCCUCCUCUCACUCUUCUUUUUCUCCCAUUCCUCCCUCCCGCUUUCCUCCCUCCUCCUCUUCCUCUGCUCCUUCUUCUCCUCUCCUGGAUCCUCCUCCACCACCACUGACCGGGCGCUGGAUUCUCUGGAUGUUAGAGGAUGAGAACAAACUAUUCGCCCUUCGGAGGCUCUCUCCACUCUCCUCCACCGAACCGUUUUCUGUUGAGUGGGCUCCUGACAAACCUGCAGGAGCGCCUCCUAUCAAACCAACUAACGGUUCUGUCAGUUUGUCUCCACAGGAGCCCCAGCAGCAAGGGAGGCCCACUUUGGCUUCUCGGGCCACUACCAAGCCUCGUGCGAAGGUAGUGGCUCCGGUUCCAAAGUGGGGGCCCGCUUUGGCUCCGCGGCCCGCUGCCAAGCCUGGUGCAAAGGCAGUGGGUCCGGUUCCAAAGUGGGUAAGGAACAUACGGGCCAUCCUCAAGGAGAGGCAGAGGCAACGUGGCUGCCCGAAAGGUAAGAGGUAAAUGGUAAGUGGUGGUGG